AUGUCGUCCGUUCGCAGCGCAGGCAAGACUGCGCCCCGUCUUGUACAAGAUUUAUUCGACUAUGACCCGGCUCAUCCGCCAGAUACGAGCCGUAACCUCCUGUCUGAUGUGCCGCCAGUCUAUCCCGACUAUUACCAAGGACCGCCUCACUUCAUUUCUCCAUCAGCGUGCCGCCAUACCUAUGUCACAAAGCCUAAUCAAAGUGUAAGGCCAUCACAGGAGCAAGACAAGAGCAACUCCGGGACACCGACGAAGAUAUCCGCGAUAUGUUUGAAGUGCCGAUACCACCUACACCUUAAAGUGGGAACUAGUCCUGCCGGUCAAGCAAGCCAAUCCUUCUCCGAUCACAUACACCAUCUAGUUUACUACUAUGGGAAACAUAAAGGAGGGAAUACUGACGAGGAACUCACGACGAAAGGUCAGGUGGUGGAGAGCUUCCAUUUCGAAUGUUCAUAUCCGCGCUGCCCCUUCAGGAUAACAGUCGGGGUCGCCUCUCCACUACUUUCUGAUGAAAUGGUCCGGCUGUUGACCGAUCCUGUGGUCCUACAGAAGCGCACAGAUGAAGCCCUUGCAGCAGAUCCCGAGCGGUUGGAAGGGGUGGCUCGCCCGCUACCUAUUACUGUACUGAUGAAUCUUCGGACCUACGUUUGGAAUGCACUCCAAAGCAACCAACAGGGCAAGUCAAUAUCAGCUAUUAAUAAGCGAUUUAUGACGAGUUUCGGCGUUGAUGGAAAACCUUGUCAAGGCCUGCUUGAAUUCCUAGGAUUCACUUUUAAGGAUAAUGCAUGGGAGCCUCCACGUCCUAACCCAUGGGGAGCAAUCCCCUACCAAGACCCGCAAAGGAUAUUCCUUGACGAUGCGUUCCAUGAGCUAUCAGCGCUUAUAUCACAACGACCUUUGAUUGAGAAGAAAGGCAAUCAGGAUGAAUACUCGCUCCACCCCGCCCGUGACGACCUACUCUUUGCAGUAGAUGCAUUUGAUUAUACCAAAGCACCCAGACGGGAAUUCUUUCAAAUGGCACCAGCUCCUUACUAUGAAGAUCUGGGAGUUGUUGAAGAUAUGUUAUCGUCCGAUAUCAUCGAGGCAUUCACUCGUCAGAUUUCAGUUGAUCGGGAGCGGGCUCCCAGAUAUUUGAAAUGCCUCAAGGAGAUAGGCAUACUUAGAGGCGGGGAAGAUUCGGAAGCAAUCAGUCGUGCUGUUGAGGCGGCAUACACCGAUACGAACUUAUACACUGAAGCAGACGUUACCGAAGCCUACAAAUACUUCGGCCUCAGCCACGACGACCCCCGACUUACCGAAGAUAGUAUCAUAGGAAAGUUCUAUGCCUACCUCAGCUCGACUACGACUACCCAAGAGACCGAGACCCGCCAGCAACUCUGGAGGAUAGGUGAUAGUAGGAAGAGCGAGCGCAUAAAGUCGGCAGCGGAAGACAGAGUUGCUACGCCUCAGCAAGCUCAGGUUUUUCUCGGUGUUAGCGAUGAAACUGCAGAUGAUUUCGUCAUGACAAUGUUUACUACAAAAGUCAAUGAUAAUCCAUCUUGUCGGGACGUCGCGAGGCGUGCUGUUGAACUCAUCGCCGAGGCGCGGAACUCGGAUGUUCUAAAGCAUUUUGUCAAGACCGGCGAGAUGACAGCUGGCGAGAUGGAUGUCGGUGAUGCAUAUCUACUUCUCCAAGUACCCGAUCGCACUGCAGACGACGGCGCAAUUAUGGCGGCGUACACUAUCUGUGUCGAUGAUGCUCCGGCCCAGGCCGAGAAGUAUACCAGGGCUUUGGGUGUAAUCGCAAGCGAGAGAAACAGCCCACUAUUAAGCAGCAUGGUACCCGGCUCCGUCAGCAAGUCAGACCGUGAUUUGUCUAAAUGGCCAGUUGGUUUGCAGAACAUUGGCAAUACCUGCUACCUCAACAGCUUAUUGCAAUUUUACUUCUCAAUCAAACCCUACCGGAAUAUGGUUCUCGACUUUGAAAAUUUCAAAAUGGGGUUGGACGACGAGGCCUGCCAGAAAAAACAGGUGGGCUCUCGCAAGGUCUCAAAGAAGGAGGUUGAGCGCUCUCAGAAGUUCCUCAGGGAAUUAGGGGUACUGUUCUCGGACAUGAUCUCUUCUCCGAAUUCUUUUGUUACUCCUGGUCAGGAGCUAGCACGGCUAACCCUCAUCAGCCCUUCCAAUGAAGCUGCUAUUCGCCGCCGGUCAACAAUAUCUGCAGGCCAAUUCGGAGGACUUGGUGAAAUCAAUGGGAUGCCAGUGCUAGGGCCCUUAGGGCCCCCGCAUAUAGUCACGGAGAACGAGGUCCAGGGUCCGCCGGCUCAAGAGCCAGCGCCAGCCGAACCAGAGAAGAUCAAACGCUCGAGCGACGAGGAUAGCGAAGCUACACUCGUCUCUGACGGAGCGAAGAAUGAGGUGCCACCCGCUCAAAGUGACGAUAAAGAAAAUGAGCCUCCGGAUACUGUCAUGGUUGAUGCGCCGAAUAGCGAGCCAGAACCCAAGCAAGAAAAUAGUUCCGAUGCACAAACGCCGGCAGAUCCAGUAGUUCCUUCCAAUGAACCUCCACCAGUACCACCGCGACCUGCACCGCAAGUGGAUCCUCACAGGCAACUUAUCGAGGAAGUCGAAAUCGGAGCCCAACAGGAUGUUACGGAAGUUAUCAAUAACGUCCUAUUUCAAAGCCAAUGCGCCAUUCGCCCGAUUCAAAUUGCAUCGGACGGAGAACAAGUCGAUCAGGUGAAAGAUCUAUUCUAUGGGCAAGCUAUCUCGUAUAUCCUGUCCGACAAAGGUAAACGCUCAAAGGAGGAGUGGUGGUGCGACAUCAAGAUAGAUGUGGCAACAGGGCCCCGCGAUAUAUACACAGCUAUAGAUGGGGCCUUCGAUAUCCAGAAAGUCAACGUCGAGGACUCCGUUGCAGAACAAUACGCUACUAUCAGCAAACUCCCUCCCAUACUUCAGAUUCAAGUCCAGCGAGUCCAGUUUGACGCUAUCAAAAAGCGAUCAUUCAAGUCCACACAUCACCUAGACCUCAAGGAGACCAUCUAUCUAGAUCGAUAUAUGGACACUCGGAAGCCGGAGAUUUUGAAUCGUCGGAAACAAUGUUGGGAAUGGAAAGAUAAGCUGAAACAGCUCGAGUCCCGUCGAGCGGAACUCUUACGCCAAACUGAAACCGAUGGCCUUGACACAGCUGCCUUGUUAAACAGUGCCAAGGACAUUUUAAACGGUCUCAGCGAGUUGAAAGACAGCCCCGAGACCGCGCAGGAUGCAAUCGACGUUGACCCUCAACUCAUUCCAGAACUUGAUCGGCUUGCGCAAGGGGCGCAAGACGAAUUGAAGAACCUUGAAAAGGAAAUCAAUAAUACUCAGACAAUGAUCUCGAGUCAAUUUGUGGAUUACAAGCAUCUACCCUAUCGACUAUAUGCUGUUUUUGUCCAUCAUGGUUCGGUCGAAUUCGGACACUACUAUAUCUAUAUUUUCGAUUUUGAGCGGAACGUCUGGCGCAAAUACAACGAUACCUACGUGACGGAAGUCCACGAUCUUGACGAAAUAUUCAAAAGCCAAGACCGCCAUAAUAACCCCCCUACACCCUACUUCUUGGUAUACGUUAACGACCAAAUCAAAAAUCGACUAGUCAGUCCGGUCACUAGGCAAAUAGUGGAAACGGUUCCGGAGAGCGCACCUGAACCAGUCCCCAGCAACGCCACAGCUAUGGAAGGGGUCAUUCCAUCGAAAGAAGCAGAAGAAGCCGAUGUAGAUAUGCAUCCACCAGCAUAUGAUGAGGUAUACACUGAGAACCGUGCAUAUGAUGAGGUAUACACUGAGAACGGUGCAUCAGGCCCGGGGAGGAACUCACCGACCGCCGCGACUGCGAAUCCAUUGAAGCGCAAGGGACUAGAUGAGGCGCAUUGA